AUGAACGCCUUCACGCAUGCCGUCGAGGUAGGCACACACGCUAUUGAGACGGAUAUCCGCCUCUCCAGAGACGGGGUUAUUGUACUUUCGCAUGUUGAUAAUAAUGCAGAUAAUAUAAUUGCCGCCCUCACUCGCGUCUUUCUUUCCGUGCCAUCACCGUAUCGGCCAUGGAGGGACCGUGUGGUGCUGGGUUCCUGGACGGCUGAAUACCUCUCGCUUGUUCGAGACCACUUCCCCGUAUACCCGCUCGCCAUAACGACCUUUUCCAUCCAGUAUGCUCGGCAGUUUCUGACGGUUCCAGGGGUGAGUAUUAGCAUCAACCAAAAAGUUCUCAUGGGCUGUGGCGGGCGGAGGUUCCUUGCUGACGCCAAACGGGCGGGGAAAGCUGUGUUUGUGUGGACUGUGAAUAAAGAGGUGUUGAUGCGGUGGAGUGUCCGGAGGAAAGUUGAUGGAGUGAUUACAGAUCAGCCGGUGCUGUUCGAGGAUGUUGUGAGGCAGUGGGAGGAUGACGAUUAUGGGGAUGGGUUUGUGAGCAACGAGGUUGAAAUUACGCUGGAGCAGAGGGCAAUGGCGCUGCUGGCGACGAUCGCCUCUUGGGUGCUGGGGAUCGUCUUAACUGUAAUGUAUCCGGUCAAGUUUAGACGGUUGGAUGGAACGGUGGAUGAUGGGUUAGGGUAUGCUUAA